UGGAGGUCAGUGAGGUCGAGUAUAUUAGGUCAAGGUCACCCACUCUGCAACAAGUCCGAGCUGACUUCGGGCAGGAUACCUCAGUCCCGGAUACUUGCAAGGGCUUUGGAUUUCUGAUCCUCAUGCUUUGGUCUUCUGGAAAGAAAAGUGCUGUGUAUUUUGUGUUUAUGAUCCUGCUUAACUUCUCUUGCCAUGGAGAGAGCUAGAUUUUCAGGAAUAAGCCAUUUUUCCGUUAAGAGGGACAGGAAACUUGUGUUGAUUUGCGGACGUAAGAAUUACUUGGCGGCCUGACCCGGGCUGCUGUGAGUUAGAUCACGUUAGGACAGUUUACUUACUGAUUCUGGUUCCCUUUCUCGUUUCUCAGCUGGGCUACUUGUUGACAUCUGAGGAGGGAGGAGUCUUCUCAGAGAGCCUGGCUGGCGAAGACUGAAGUUAAAGGCUAGAAGCCUGAGUGUUUGUCCCAAGAACGUGGGUGAUGGCUGCAGAGGUACCGGGAGUAACCACUCCCCUGAGCCCCUUGGUCCAGGUACCUCAAGAGGAAGACGAACAGGAGGCAGAGGUCACCACCAUGAUCCUGGAGGACGACUCUUGGGUACAGGAAGCCGUGCUGCAGGAGGAUGGCCCUGAGUCCGAGCCCUUUCCCCAGAGUGCUGGCAAGGGCAGCCCCCGAGAGGAGGCCGCUGGAGGGCCGCAGGGUGCACUCGGCCGCCUUCGAGAGCUCUGUCGGCGCUGGCUGAGGCCGGAGGUGCACACCAAGGAGCAGAUGCUCACCGUGAUGCCGAGGGAGAUUCAGGCCUGGCUGCAAGAACACAGGCCCGAGAGCAGCGAGGAGGCAGUGGCCCUGGUGGAAGACUUGACCCAGACCCUUCGGGACAGGGAUUUUGAGAUCCACAGUGAAAAUGGGGAGAACUCUAAUCAAGACAUAUUUGAGGACGUGGAGUCACAUGAGAUCUUCUCAGAUAUGCCUGAAGGGGAAGGCGUUCAGCAGUCUGACUGGGAAAGUGACUUUGAGAGGAACUGCCCCUCCAGGAGGCCCCAGGGAAAUGCCUCAAGUAAGGACCACAGGGAUGUGCCAUCACAAGGCAGGGAAGUUGGACAGCUCAUAGGCCUCCAGGGCACCUACCUGGGUGAGAAGCCCUAUGAAUGUCCCCAGUGCGGGAAGACCUUCAGCCGGAAAUCCCACCUAAUCACGCAUGAGCGAACCCACACAGGAGAGAAAUACUACAAAUGUGACGAAUGUGGAAAAAGCUUUAGUGAUGGUUCGAACUUUAGUAGACACCAAACGACUCACACCGGGGAGAAACCUUACAAAUGCAGGGAUUGUGGGAAAAGCUUUAGCCGCAGCGCAAACCUCAUAACCCACCAGAGGAUCCACACGGGCGAGAAACCCUUUCAGUGUGCUGAGUGUGGCAAGAGUUUCAGCAGGAGCCCCAAUCUCAUCGCUCACCAGCGAACCCACACAGGAGAGAAACCAUACUCAUGCCCUGAGUGUGGCAAGAGCUUUGGCAACCGGUCCAGCCUCAAUACACAUCAGGGAAUCCACACUGGAGAAAAGCCCUAUGAAUGUAAGGAAUGCGGCGAAAGCUUUAGUUACAACUCUAACCUGAUACGACACCAGAGGAUCCACACAGGGGAGAAACCCUACAAAUGUCCCGACUGUGGGCAGAGGUUCAGUCAGAGCUCAGCCCUCAUCACCCACCGGAGAACUCACACAGGAGAGAAGCCCUACCAGUGCAGCGAGUGUGGGAAGAGCUUCAGCCGCAGCUCCAAUCUGGCCACGCACCGCAGAACCCACCUGGUGGAGAAGCCCUAUAAAUGCGGGGAGUGUGGGAAGAGCUUCAGCCAGAGCUCCAGCCUGAUCGCUCACCAGGGGAUGCACACGGGUGAGAAGCCCUAUGAGUGCCUGACCUGCGGGGAGAGCUUCAGCUGGAGCUCCAACCUCAUCAAGCACCAGAGGAUCCACACGGGGGAGAAACCCUACAAGUGCAGCGAGUGUGGGAAGUGCUUCAGCCAGCGCUCCCAGCUUGUGGUGCACCAGCGGACCCACACGGGCGAGAAGCCCUACGAAUGUCUCAUGUGUGGCAAGAGCUUCAGCCGGGGCUCCAUCCUGGUCAUGCACCAGAGGGCCCACUUGGGGGACAAGCCCUACAGGUGCCCUGAAUGUGGGAAGGGCUUUAGCUGGAAUUCAGUUCUCAUCAUACACCAGCGAAUCCACACAGGGGAGAAGCCCUACAAAUGCCCCGAGUGUGGCAAAGGCUUCAGCAACAGCUCCAAUUUCAUUACACAUCAGAGAACUCACAUGAAAGAGAAACUUUAUUGACGUGGCAAAGAGGAACCGUGAGGGGGCUGGCCCAGGGGAGGGAACUGUCACACUGUCCCCCGCAGGGAUGUUCAUUAGAAGAGCCAUUCUUCCCAAAUGGUCUCUGGGGAUGUGUCAGAAUCUCACCACUGCUCCUCCUCAUUCCUAGGACCCCGCCAUCAAUAGUGGACGGAGCCAAACCCCAAGAACAGUGUAGGGCUGCAAAGUCAGGAAGUUGGGUCUUUUCCUGUUUCGUUUCAUGGCUUGAUUGGCUCCCUUUCUCCUGAUCCCUCUGCUGAGGGCGUUUCCCCAUGUGGAAUGCAAGGCAGCAUGGCCCGCAUCCCGCUGAGUCCUCAGAGAGAGAAAUACUGGAAAUCUGUUGGUGCGGCCUGGCGGCUGUGCUGCUGCCACUCUGUUGGGCUGAGGUGCCUUCAGCCCGAGCUACUAGCAUUCCAGGCCCCUUGCCCCUGUCAGCACCAGCUCUUCCCGGCUCUGUCCUGGGCUUGGAUUCCAGGUCAAGGUGGAGAGGCUUCUCCAGUUCUGUGUCACCACAUGAAGGUCAAGUCCUCUGUUCCUGGAAUGUGUCAGUAACACUGAAACACGGAGUAUGGCCUGGACCCGUUGUCCCAGUAACCUUUCCAUUGAGUUGAACAGGGCCUGCCAGGGAAGGUGUAAAAUCAGAUUUACACUUUUGCUUUGUCUCUGUUAUUAUCCUGUGGUGAGUUGGCUGCCAGGGGGAACGCACUAGUUUUUUUCGGACUUCAUUUUUUGAGUGCGAAGGCGGAGACCCCAGCUGUCUACCCUGGUGGAUGGCAGUUUCUCUCAUCAGCGUUCAGUGACGCAGUCCUGCACUCCGCAGGGUGGGCUCAUGUCUUUACCCCACAGACACAAAGCUCUGUAACCACUCGUCUAUGCUUGUCAGUUCCUCAUUAUGUUUUUUACUUUGCACACGCAGGGCUAGAAUUCCAUGCAGUAGCUUUUGUAUACUAAGAGGGUUACUUCUAAGGAAGUGUUUUGAGGACAUGUCAUCUGUCCCCUGGAGAGAUCUGGGCUUGAAUCGAGCGUUGUCCUACAGAGGUUGCCCCUGCUUUUAGGGUGCUACCAGGGCCUUGUUCUUGGGUCCUUGCUCCUUGAAAUGGUGAAGAUGGGGUGAUAGCUGGUGAAGGGGUUUGUCAGGAGAAAAGGAGAGUAGAAAGGUAUUUCUGGGAAAUGUGAAACCACCGCCUCCUAUGCAUGGGGCCUGCGCUCAGAAUGGGCCUUGGUUCUUGUAGGAUGGAUGCUCAGUGUUGCCUAAUAAAGUAGAGUCCCAUCCUU